CGCCCAUUGAUGGCAACCUAUGACGUAGGCACGGCGUAUGCUGUCAAACCGAAAAAAAAUGGCGUCGGUAUCAGACAUGUACGAUGUGGGUUGGGAAGAGAUGAGAGACAAGCUGCGUAAAUGGAGAGAAGAUAACUGCAGGAAUAGUGAGCAGAUUGUGGAUGUUGGAGAAGAGCUGAUCGGCGAUCAUUCAUCUAAACUAGGAGAUGACGUAUGGAUUAUUUAUGAGCAGGUGAUGAUUGCAGCGCUGGACUGCAGUCGAGAUGACUUGGCGCUGACCUGUCUACAGGAACUGAGGAAGCAGUUCCCAGAUAGCCACAGAGUGAAGCGAUUAUCAGGCAUGAGGCUGGAAGCUCUGGAAAGGUACGAUGAAGCCAACAAGCACUACGAUGCCAUUCUCCAAGACGACCCCACCAACACGGCAGCAAGGAAGCGCAAGAUCUCCAUACUGAAGGCCCAGGGGAAGAGUGCUGAAGCCAUCCGGGAGCUCAAUGAGUAUCUGGAGCAGUUUGUUGGGGAUCAGGAAGCGUGGCAUGAGUUGUCGGAGCUCUACAUCAACGAACACGACUAUGGAAAAGCUGCGUUUUGUCUGGAGGAGCUGAUGAUGACCAACCCUCACAAUCACUUGUACUGUGAGCAGUACGCCGAGGUGAAGUACACUCAGGGGGGGCUGGAGAACCUGGAGCUGUCCAGGAAGUAUUUUGCGCAGGCGCUGAGGCUGAACAACCGAAACAUGAGGGCGUUGUUUGGUCUUUACAUGUCGGCAAGUCACAUCGCCGCCAGCCCAAAAGUUAGUGCCAAGGUGAAGAAGGACAAUAUGAAGUACGCCGGCUGGGCCGCCGCUCAGAUCAACCGAGCCUACAAGCUGGCCGGUCGCGGGGCUAAGGAGAACAAAUGCUCCAUGAAGGCGGUGGAGGAGAUGCUGGAGUCCAUGCAGAUCACCAUGUCCUAGGUGUCCUCGUCUCCGACCUCUUGGAGAGACAUGGCAGCUCAAAAAGCCUUUCAAUGUGACCAGAACCAGAUCUCUAACAGAUUAUUAUUUUGUUUUUGUUUUCCCUCUCUGGGCGACGGAAGACAUUGGUUUGACUCACGUGCAAAGACUUCCCCACCCAUCUGGAACACGCAACAGCAAACAUUUCAAUUCAUUUACUUAAUAUUAACCCUGCUGAGAGACAUGGACUGGAUUAUUUUGUCAAUCCUCGCCCAAUGCGGUCUCUCUUCUAACCUAUAUCACUAAUUAGUUAAUCCACCUCGAGGCUAUAGCUGUGUGACCAGGAACGAUAAGCUGUACAGUAAGAGCUAUUUAUAGAGACAACACUGAAGUCCUUUACUGCUUCUGUGCUAUCUGUAAAGUAAACACCGUUGUCUGAUUUUUUUUCGCUUAAUCUUCUAAAACGUUUUAAUAAAAGUAGUGAACUGAU